GCGCAUGCGCUGUAGCCUCGGCCUCUGUGUCGGUGACAAUGGAAGCGACUGGGCGUCGCUAAUUCCCCGCCCCCCCCUUUUCCUGGGGGCUCCGCUCCGGGCGGCCCCAUGAGGAAGCGGCGGCCCAGCCGCCAUGGGCUCGCUGAGCAGCCGGGUGCUGAGGCGGCGGGUGGCGCCCCCUCGCGGGGAGGGGGCGGACGGGGACCGGGGCAGCCGCGGAGGGAAGAGGAAGCGGGGCGGGUCCGAGGGCCCGGGCGAGAGCGACAGCGACGGGGACGGCGAGCGCGAGGAGCGGCUGCUCAACACCCCCCGCAGAAUUCCACAGCUUGUGUAUGUCUUUGGGUUGUUUUUUUUUUAUCCAGGAAAAAACUAAAAAGUACAUCCAAGUAUAUUUAUCAAACUCUGUUUUUGAAUGGUGAAAAUAGUGAUAUUAAGAUCUGUGCUCUGGGAGAGGAGUGGAACUUGCACAAGAUAUAUUUGUGUCAGUCUGGCUACUUUUCUAGUAUGUUCAGUGGUUCUUGGAGGGAGUCUAGCAUGGACAUCAUAGAAUUGGAGAUUCCUGAUCAGAAUAUUGAUAUAGAAGCUCUGCAGGUAGCAUUUGGCUCACUCUAUAGAGAUGAUGUUUUAAUAAAGCCCAGUCGUGUUGUUGCCCUCCUAGCAGCAGCCUGCAUGUUGCAGCUGGAUGGUUUAAUACAGCAAUGUGGCGAGACUAUGAAGGAAACAAUUAAUGUGAAAACUGUGUGUGGCUAUUAUAAUUCAGCAGGGACCUAUGGAUUAGACUCUGUGAAGAAAAAGUGCCUUGAAUGGCUUUUGAAUAACCUGAUGACUCACCAGAGUGUUGAACUCUUCAAAGAACUCAGCAUAAACCUCAUGAAACAGCUGAUCAGCUCUUCUAACCUAUUUGUCAUGCAAGUGGAGAUGGAUGUGUAUACUGCUCUCAAGAAGUGGAUGUUCCUUCAGCUAGUGCCUUCAUGGAAUGGACCACUAAAACAACUUUUAGCUGAAGCUGAUGCCUGGUUUUCCAAGCGUAGAAAAGAUUUUGAGGAUGACAUUGCAUUCUUAGAAUCUGAACAAGGAAGAGCAUUCUUAACAGUAUUCAAACACUUGAGAUUGCAAUACAUCAUCAGUGAUUUGGCAUCAGCAAGCAUUAUUGAGCGAGAUUCUCUAGUACCUUCAGAAUGGCUGUCUUCUGUUUACAAACUGCAGUGGUUUGCCAUGCUCAGAGCAGAACAAGACAAUGAUAUUGGGCCUCAAGAAAUCAAUAAAGAAGAACUUGAAGGAAACAGCAUGAGGUGUGGUAGGAAGCUUGCAAAGGAUGGUGAUUACUGCUGGCGAUGGACUGGAUUCAACUUUGGCUUUGAUCUGCUUGUCACAUAUACAAAUCGCUACAUCAUUUUCAAACGGAACACGCUGAAUCAGCCAUGCAGUGGAUCAGUCAGUCUGCAACCACGGAGAAACAUUGCAUUCAGAUUACGUCUAGCCUCUUUUGAUAGUAGUGGAAAACUUAUUUGCAGUAGAACCACAGGAUAUCAGAUCCUGACCCUUGAGAAAGAUCAGGAAUAAGUUACAGAGUUUGGCACAUGACUGUCAUGUGGACCUUGGCUGGAAUUCAUUGUCUCAUAACUUGUUCCUAAGAUUUGUUUUCUCUUAAAGAUAAUGCAUAGAUCUCCACUUUUGGGUCAAUAGUUUAGGCGAGGGAACAUGUUUUCCUAUACAAUAUCUUACUGUCGGUUCCUUUACUUCCUGAUUAUGGCAAUGUCUGUGUAGCACAUGCACACAGGUUUUGUUUCCAUGUAAAUUUUAAAUAUUCCUGUAGGAUACAUUUCCAAAUUUAGUGAGUCCAGAUUCAUUCUGAGGGUGACAGCCAAAAAUGUUUUGGCUGAUUCCACUAUCAAGAAAUUUUAGCCCCUCCUAGAUAUAAUAAACUAGAUCAUCCAGUCUGCUGAAACCUCUAAAUGGUAGGAGAUUGCCCCUGGAGAUUCUCCAAUGGUAGAGAUGGUUUGGCCAACUCCUGCGCUUAGCUGAUUCUUGUCCCUGAUUUAAGGGGAUUGAGGGAGUAAGGUAGGGAGAGGCUUGGCGGGGUAGAGAAUGUCUUGGCAAAGUUGAGGUAUAAUAAAACUAUUCAUUUUAGAGUGGCUGGUUGUGUGUAGUGAAGGAGAAGGAAUGAAUUAUAUAACCUUAGAUUCAUUAUUGAUUUUUUUUGCUUCAUACCCGGUGCUAUGAGUUUAUAAAAUGUUUUUAAGUUCUGUGACAAUUUCCAUAUCUUUUUUGGAGGUAGCAUACAAUUAGAUGGAAUCUCCAGUCUUUUGCUGUUUCACUCGAAUCUGUUCUAGCACUUCUGAAUUAUGUACUACACUUUAUUUUUGUUCAUCAGUAUGAAUUAUUGUUCUAAAACUUA